AUGACUAAUAUAUUGAGUUAUCUCACAUUAAUCAAUGUGAUUAAUGUUCACUUUUAUUUCGUGCAUGGAUUCCGGAAAUCAGAACUGGAUAGUUCAUACAAUGGUCUUAGCUAUCCAUUUCAAUACUUUACACGCGACGAAUGGGAAGCAGACCCCCCUACAAAUGUUAGACCUCUAACCAAACCUGUACCUUACGUGGUCAUCCAUCAUACCUACAUACCGAGUGCUUGCAACACCACCGAGAAGUGCUUCAGAGCAAUGAGGUCCAUGCAGAACUACCACAACAGUUUAGGCUGGGGGGACAUUGGAUAUAAUUACUGCGUCGGCAGCAUGGGUGACGUUUUCGAAGGACGGGGCUGGAACAAUGUGGGUGUCCACGCCGGGCGCGCCAAUAAUUUUAGCAUCGGCAUCUGUUUAAUUGGCGACUGGAGAGUGGCAACUCCACCCGAACCGAUGUUGGAGACAACAAAGAAACUGAUAUCUGUUGGUGUUGAAAAUGGAUCUAUCAGUCCUGUUUAUAAGCUAGUCGGACAUAAACAGACAAUGACUACCGAGUGUCCAGGCUCAGCUCUCGCUAACAUAAUUUCUACGUGGGAUCAUUACACAAAAGAAAUCUUAAAAUUUUAA